AUGGGAAUAAUCACACUUUCGGAUAAUGCCACGUUUUCAUCGUAUUUUGGUCCCUCAUCCAAUGUCGCACUCGUCUACGAACUCACUCGAGUGCUAAAGACUCUCAGUGGCGCACCAGUAAAUUUGGUGAACCUUCGCGCGGAAGGUGUUGAAGCGAGCAACAAUCAACAAAAUAAUCUAACAUCCAGCUACUCUUUAAUACCGCGUGAUAUUACAGUAGCAGAUGCUCAGUACCUGCCCCCUGAGCCGGAAGCCACCUCCCUUCUUCAUGAAUAUUUUGACACCAUCGGCCUUUUCUUUCCUUGCAUAUAUAGAGACACGUUCCUUGCAAAAUAUAGGGACUUCAGAAGGAAUGACUCCAGCCAUGCCAGUCGAUCGUGGCGAGCUUUGCUCUUUGUUAUGUUUGCUGUGAUGUAUCAGAUGAGAAGCUUCGCCUCUCCUACAGAUGCUGAAGACAAAUUGUCUUGGGAAUAUCUUCAAAGGGCCCUUAACCUGGCAAUGCCCGAGGCGGUAAUUAAUUCAGACUUAGAGACUGGUAUGGCGCGUGCCUUCUUAACACUUCCACAAGAAUCUGAUAGCUUCAAUUUAGUGCAACUGCUCUGUCUCCUGACUUGUUAUCUUCAAUGUUCGACAAAUUCAGCUCAGACAUGGUCCUUUCAUGUGCUUUCUGUCAAGGCAGCCAUGCAAAUAGGCCUGCAUUCCCUUGAGACAACCCAGAACUUGCCACUAUUACAACGUGAAUUAUGCAAGAGAACGUGGUUCUGUUUAGUCAGUGUUUAUCUCGGCCGGCCUCCGGUUGUUCCAAAGUCUCUCAUUAGCAAGAAUCUUCCAGAAGAUAUGAGCGACAUUUUCCCUACUUCUAAUCAGAGCCGCACGGUUGCCAUGACUAGUUUGGCAUACUACAAUGCGAAAAUUCGGUUGGCCAUGAUCAUUUCUGAUAUAUUGGCUCAACUCUACGGUGACAAUAUGGCUGCAAACAACAGCAUGGGUGUUUUUGAAACUCUACGUUCAGCCUUUGACUUGUCUUGGAAAUUGUCUGAAUGGCGCAGUUCAGUCCCUGCUCAGAUCCGUCCCGGCAGUGUUAUAGCUGCCCCUGAAAUCCCACGGGCUUUGCCGAUGCAACGUUUCCAGACCGGCUUAAGCCUAUAUUUCCACGCCGCGCAGGCUCUUAUAUAUCGCCCCGUACUCCUAAGGUUUCUCCAAUACAAACCAGAUGGCACCAACGCUACCGAGACCUUGUCCCUCCUGAAAGAUUCAGGCUUCUCGACCAUUAAAAACUGCAUGUACACGUGCAGCGGAGGUGUUGCACUUGCAAAGACUAUAGUGGACGAACAGUUUCUUCCAACGUCGCUAUGGGGAGCUUGGUGGAUGACGAAUUUCCUUGUCUUCAACGCAUCUAUGAUGCACUUUGGUAUGCUUCUUAUAAGCACGCAAUCGUCUUUCUCAGGUUUAAUGGCAACAGAAGACAUCGACCUUAUCCUUUCCGAUUUGAAGGACGCGAGUGAGGUGCAUCGCCGUUUAAACAGGAAUAAUCUUAUUAUCUCGCGUUGUCGUGAAUGCUUGCACAAUUUUCUGGACCUCUACAAAUCCUUCAGAGACACAACAUCUCCCAAAGGGAUAGGGGCAUGGGAAGAUUUGACCUUAUCGCUUCAACAGCCCGAGUUUGAAAAUACCCAUGGUUCCCAAACGGCGACCAGUUCGAUUUUGCCAAACCCUGGGCAGGAUUUUGCGUGGUUUGAUAUGGAGGCUUUCGCUGGGCCAAUGGCAUAG